GAAAGUCCAGUGCAGUUGUCAACGCCAUAUUGUUGCUACAUUUAUUUUUAGUUCACAUCUCGCUUAAUAUAUAAAAGUUAAUAAAAAACACAAUGGAACAAAAACCCAAGUCCGGUUUCUCGGACGAGGAUGAGGAUUUGGAAGCGUUACGAAUGGCCGCUCUACAAACAAUCAAAAAGAAGGAGGCACAGAAGAACGGGCGGCUUCCGGAAUUAUUCAUACAUUCUCCCGGACGUUUUGGAAGAUCUAAGGGAGGACACAAAAGGGGAAGAUUUUAUGGUCCACUGUCCGGAAGGGGCCCCAAAUCUAACAAACAGGGCCAAUUUAACAACUAUAAUGGCCGUGUGCGCAACAGUAACCUGAUCUCGAUAACAACGGUGCCGUCUGAAGGGGACACUAAGACCGUCGAUAAACAAAUCAGCAGUCCUCCACUGAUCUUACCUCAAGAUCGUUACUGCGGCAAAACGGAGGAAGAAAAACGCACUGAGAACACAACAAGCAAAUUCAACCGUUACGAUAACUCGGACAAAUCUGAAUCUGAAUCGGAGGAGGAAAUAGAGGAGUCCGAGGAUGAUAGUCCAGGAAAAUUAGAAAAGGCUGAUAGUUUAGAGGCUUUGAUGCAAGAGCUCGAUGACGAAAUACAGGGUAUAAGUAAACCGAAGGACGAUAAACCAGUGCCGAAAAAGAGAGUAAAGAAGAAGAAAAAGCACAAGAUUAGCGAGUCUGCGAACGAAACCAGUGAAACUGAACAAAAAGAAACAAUAGAAAGUAUACCGGAGUGUAUCGAAAAUAAGGAUGUUGUUGAAGAAGACAAACCACCAGAGGAUGUUGAAGAAACGAAGCCAGAAGUAGAAACCUCGUCAAAGCCGGACGACGAAGGAAUUGCGAAAGAAAAUCAAAAGCCAGAAAGUCAGAUCUCACCUAAACAACGGAAUACGGGCACUCCUCCAAGAUUCCGUCAUCCGAACAACCAUAACAGGCGCAACAGACGAGGUCCUCCUCCGGUCAUGCCGUUCGCCCAACAAAAUAUACCACCCUUCAUCCAGCAACAACCACCCUACAUACCGCUAGUACAGGCGCCGCCGUUUGUUCAACAGUUCAACCCUGCAUUCGGACCACCACCUCAGGUCCCGCCACCAUUCUACGAGCGACCCCUGUCGCCGCUUGCCAUCAACACGGAACAAUUGACUACUGCCACCAUGGCUCCACUAUCUCCGAGAAGUGCCAGGUUUGUGUUACAGAACAGGGCGAUAAUCGAGAAGAGGAAGCGGUCGCCAAGAAGGUCGUACUCUAGGAGUCCAUCGCCCAGAUUUAGAAGGUCCAAGUCACCCAGGAGAUCGUCUUCUCCGUUAAACAGGCGAAAGUCACUUUCGCCUAGAAGACGGUCGUUAUCGCCGAGAAGGACAUCACCGAACAAGCGACUUCCGGCAAAGAAGGAAGAGGCUGUCAAGAGCAAGGCACCGGUACGCGAUCGUUUGGGCACAAAAGGUGACAACACAGGUACUAAAACAGAUGAAAUAAUUGUAGAAAUGUGCCCAAAGAAGGAUGAUGACAAACCAUUAGAUCCAGUAUUGGAAGCCAGACGUCGCAAAUUCGAAAAGAAAGAGAUUAAUAUCAGGGGAGGUAUAAUAAGACUGAAACCGAAGGAUGAACCAGGCACGGACUCAAACAAGUCUCCAGAAAAGUCAGAUGAAAAGGACGAGGAAGAACCAUGUGAAAAAAAUGAAGAAACUCAAGUAAAGGAGGAAGUAAAAUCAUCGCCGAAAAAGGUAGAAAAGCCGAAUUACGUCGACGAAUUGGAUGGCAUUGAUGAGGAUGCCUUAUUGGCUGACGAUGAGAUCGAUUUGUUGGGGAAGGAAGACAUUUUUUCAGACGAGGAAUCCGCAAGCGAUAACGAGGGCCGAUUUAAGGAUAAGGAGAAUUCUAAUCAAAAAGUGGCAGUUUUGCCGUUUACAAAACUAGUCAACGGUGAUAGAGAACCCGUACGGGAGAAGCCAUUGAUUGAAGAGCGGCGUAGCGGUGGCAGAAGUCAACGUAGGUCUAGAAAUCGUUCCAGGUCACCUAUCAAAACCAAGAGUCGCGAACGUAUUUCGAGCAGAAAGGAUGAUAAUGCAAAGAUUGACAGUCGCGAGGACGGCGACGGAAAACGCGCACGUGGUACCGGCUCACAGGUGAGGAAGCGUGUGGUCAAAGCUGAGAAAAAGCACAUUUCACCACAACUCGAAAAGAGAUUCGAACGUCGUAUUGAGAUCAAAAUCAAGAAUCCAGCAAAAUAUGAAAAAAACAAAGAGGAAAUGAUUGAGUUUGGGCCGAAACCCAAGCGCAAAGUGGAAAUACAGAGUAAAAUUAACAUUGAUGUGACCCAGGAGGAGGACGAAUCUGAUGUAGUUGUCGAAAAUGAAGCUGGCGACGAGGAGGAAAUGAACAGCAGUAAUGAAGCUGGAGAUUUGAGGGCGCAGUUGAGUAAGAAGCGCGCUGAACGAAUGCAUAAGGGUGGAGCCGUCGAGGGAAACGCAGGCCGCCUACUGCAGAACGCACUGGAGGGCGUCGUUGGCAAGAUGCUCAAAAAACAGUCCAAGACCGAAAAAGAUUUAAUUCCAGAUGGAAAGUUGCCGAUUCACUUGCGUUUGGGCGUUGCUGGUACUGAUGCGAAACCGUCGCCGCGAAAGAAGUCCAAGAAAAGCAGGGGCAACGGUCAACAACGCACUGUGGACCAGGUAUAAUCAACAAAAGUCAGACAUCCCAGUGACGAAAAAAAUCAACCAAUAUCCAAAAACGGAGAAACUACAAAUUGUGGGAUAAUAGACACUAAUUGUUAUAAGUGAGUUAAUUAUGUUAUUGUAAAAUUUAUUUUAGUCAGUAAUUGAAUUAUUAAGUUGUAUAAAAAAAUUGUAGAUGACUACACGACAAAAUGAUUUUAUUUUAACUGUAUAAAGUGUGAUAUCAAUUAAUUUAAAUUAGGUACAAAUAUAUCUAUAAGAUUUAAACCUCUCUAAUUUUAAACCUUUUGUACAUAUUUAUUGUAUAUAUUGUUAAUAGACUACU